GUUUCCUUACAUCUUCUAAGGAAAAUAACUCUCUCUGUUCUGUCUCUGUUCUUUCUCUUUUACCAAUAAUGGGUCUUCCCUUUAGUGCAUUCAACAAGUUUGGGCUGCCGGGAAUUAGCUCGGUAACUACCGGACAAGUUUAUGAUCGACAUUUCAAGGACAGGGAAACUGGCAACUUUAGAGAUUUUCAUAUUGCCUAUGUUGAUUUCUGCCAGUAUUUCAACACUGUAAUGCCUGGCCAAGAUUUUGAUACUCCAGGACUUGGAGAUAUUAAGGACUUCUAUGAAAAAACAUGGGAACCUCUGAAGGACGAGGUCGAAAAGAAAAAGACGUUCAUUAAGUUCAUGGAGGAAAAUAUCCACGAGGCCAAAGUUGACGACAGCCUCUUCAUCAUGGCCGGCUUGGCUGCACCAGCAGCAGCCAUCAUCGCCAAGAGGAGCAGCGAGAGCAUCCCUCAGGUGAAGAAGUUCAAGCUGCAGUACAUCCCCAACGUCGUGUUUGUGCCGCUGUGCACGCUGUUCGCCAUCAUGGGUGCCACCGCAGUCCAGAUGAAUAAGAAGAACAAAAAGCCUACCAGCUGAUGAUCUCAUAUCGCUAUGUAUGUAGUUAAAAUAA